GCUGUGAUUAUUUUUCGCUAUCUCGAGUAUUUUGACAAACAGUAAAGAGCGGUUGCUUGAAAUAGGAUCCAUGUUAAAUAUUUGGAAGCAAUCAUUGAUACUGGGCAUUACAUCAGAAUAUAAAUACAGCUCUGGAGGUAAACCUUAACGAUGCAAAUCCAAAAAAAAAUCCGAGCAGGGCCCCAAAAGGUCAUUGCUGCCUUCUGCUUGGUGGUCAUUCUAUAUUUUGUUAUUCAGACGUUUAUACUCGACACAAGACAACCGCGCAUGCAUGAAAAGCAGUACGUCGUCAAUAACCAAACUUACAAUUAUAAUCGACAGAUACCACUUAUAUUUAUCGGUGGAGUACCAAGAUCUGGAACGACGUUAAUUCGCGCCAUGUUGGAUGCUCAUCAAGACAUCAGAUGUGGCCAAGAAACCCGAGUGAUACCUCGUUUACUGCAGAUGCGUGCUCAUUGGAUGAAGUCCGAAAUAGAAUCCAAGCGCCUAAUAGAAGCAGGUGUGGGUGGCGAAGUCUUGAACUCCGCAAUAGCUGCUUUUAUGCUGGAAAUUAUUGUCAAGCACGGAGAACCUGCUCCUCGACUUUGCAAUAAGGACCCACUAAUAAUGAAGAUGGGCAGUUACGUCGCUGACGUAUUCCCAGAAGCAAAGUUUAUUUUUAUGGUGCGUGACGGCCGUGCCACAGUGCACUCAAUAAUUUCGCGCAAAGUGACUAUAACCGGUUUUGACCUGUCCAAUUAUACACAAUGUAUGGAAAAAUGGAACAAUAUUAUAGAUGCAAUGAACACACAGUGCCAUGAAAUCGGUCAAAAGUGCUUGCGAGUACAAUACGAACAGUUGGUGCUACACCCACGCAAAGUAAUGUCGAAUAUUCUACAAUUCCUGGAUGUUCCAUGGGAUGAAUCAGUGCUGCAUCACGAAGACUUUAUCAAUAAAGGAGUUAAAUUGAGCAAAUUAGAACGAUCGUCAGAUCAAAUUAUUAAGCCUAUAAAUAUGGGUGCCCUCAGCAAAUGGGCAAGCUAUUUUCCUAAAAAUGUAUUGAAAGAGAUGGCAAACAUUGCCCCUAUGCUUUCGGUGUUGGGGUACGAUCCGUUUGCUAAUCCACCAAAUUAUGGAAAACCAGAUGAUGAGAUUGUUAAAAAUACACAAGACGUUCAGGGCAAUAAGAGUCGCUGGAAAAAAAGGGCCAAAGAAUUGAGUCUGAUGAAGUUUUACAAUUUGGACGAUCAAACUGUUGAAACAGUGUCCAGCUACAGUAAGAGUUUGCGUAUAGAAUAGACGAUUUUUUUCAAGUGUAGAUUGUGGAUUUCUUUUUUUUUAUGUUGUUAAGUUUUGUUUCCUGUUAUAUAAAUCAUUAAUAAACCGAUUACAUGUA